AUGACCAACGCCAGAUACCCUAAAAAUUCAGAAAAUGACUUCCUGAUUGAUGUUUUUCCUCGCAACCAAAACAAUCUAGAAGGUUGGAACAAGCAGAUGGGAGAAAAAGUUAAUUUGAAGUUUGUUUUUGCUUCAAUUGCCUUUGGAAGUUUUCACUUUAAUAAUGCUACUCGGGAGUUUGUUUCACACAUCCACAAUUCUGUUACCAAGCCAGUACUUUCCUAUAUCCUAGGGCAGUGUGUGGUAUGUACCCAGCGUUGCCUUGACAGAGGGGCAGCUGGUUCAGGGCGUUCUGAUGACAACAUGGAAUCUUUAAAAAAGAGAUUUGACACCUACAUGAAUGCCACAAUGCCCAUCAUAGAGCAUUAUGAAGCACUGAACCUUGUUCAAACAAUUGAUGCAACUCGAUCUCCAGAAGAAGUUUUUGAAGAUGUGAAACCACUCUUCAGCUAAAUCCAGUGCAUUGUAUAAUGAUCAGUGAAGAAGACACAGCAUACCUGCUUUAUAAUGAAUUACAAGAUUCUUCUGGAAUCUUCAUGAUGCACUUUAGCAGUUGAAAAGACACGAAUUCCAAACAGGUUUGUAGGGACCGUAAUACAUGUAGUAGCAUAUACAAUAUUCAUCAAGGUACUCUCAUUGUUCAUUUUUACCUAAAUGUUAAGAUACACAAAAUGUUUUAAGUGGUUGUCUGUGUUAUAAUAUAGUAAAUAUUUCUUUGGUUAUUUCUGUACCUGCUUCCUUGAAAGUGUGUACUUACUAAGGUGCACCACAUUUGUUACAGAGAACUUUCAAUUUAUAUUUAUUCCUGGAAUCACUACCUCUAUUUAUUUCUUCCUAAAAUAAUUUUAUCACAUUCUGGUAUAUAUUACCAGACAUAUUCACCCAACACUUUAUAUUAAGUUUAAGGAUUUUUUUCUUUUAUUUGAAUAUUUGCAUUCUUAGUGCUAUACAAAUACUCUUAAUAUGAUGAAAAUGUAAUAUAUUUUAAGAAUUGUUAUUGCUUGUUAAAACUCUCUAGAAUUUAGUAAGUUUAUAACAGUGAACUAUUAUUUUUAUUGUAUUUUAUCUCUGCCUUCUCAUCCUUCAUGUCUGGGGGUCUGUGCUGACUACAUACACCUGUGACUUACAUGCUUGUGAUCAGUUUCUAUUGGGAAACUGAAUCACUACCUUCAAGUGCCAGAUCAACCAAGCUGUUAUGGCUUUGUGGUCAUGUGGGCUGCCAACAGCAACAACAUGGUUAAACAGGCAACCAACAGAAAAACCUGGCUCCAGGCUAGGCUGUGAGGGUAGAAAGACUCCUGAAGGCAGUCACAGGUAUAUCCCUCUUGUAUGACACUAAUUCCUUACACAUUUCAUUUUACUUAGGUCACCACUUAGAUGAUAUCAGUCACACCAGUCUAGGACUGGCAUGAAUAUUCCAUGCAGUGUAAGUUGUCUUCACCUCUUAGGUUUGUUUACAUUUCAUUUUGGUUCAUUUAAUGUUUCUUAAUCCACAUGGACAAUAGAUGUAAUGAACUUAAUAUUAUAAUGUUAGUAUAUAGUAUGCAAGUUAUAAAGUGAACUUAUUUAUUAUACAAUUGUCACUUGAUAUUCUUCAGCACUUGCAAUAACAAACAAAAAUAAAGGUACUGCUUA